AUGUUCAAACUUCUGCCUGGUCCUGAGCAGAAUUUUGAGGCAGAAAAUUUUUCCCUGGGUUCCCAGGACCCUGGUAAAGUGAUCCAUAUCAACAAAGUCAGCCACCAGCCAGUGCGGGUCGGGCUGGCAGAACCGGUCUCCCUGCCGUGCCUGUUUCUCUUGCAAGGCUCCAUCCCCCCAAACCCCGGUGAACGGCCUGAUCCCCCCCGUAUCAAGUGGAGCAAAGUACAGUCUGCCACCGGACAGCCGGAAGAUCUCUCCGUGCUGGUAGCCAAGGAUAACGUGGUGAAGAUCUCCAAAAACUACGAGGGUAGAAUCGCCUUGCCCGGAUAUCCCCACCACCGAGAAAACGCCACCCUCUUGUUUCUGUCUGCUCGGGCCAGCGAUGCGGGACUUUAUCGUUGUGAGAUUGUCACUGGGAUUCAUGAUGAGCAAGACUUGGUCCCUCUGGAAGUCACAGGUGUGGUUUUUCACUACCGUGCGGCUAGCAACCGCUACGCUUUGACUUUCUCAGAGGCGCAGAAGGCCUGCGAGGAGAACUCGGCGGUCAUUGCUUCCCCUGCUCAUCUUGAGGAGGCCUUUGAGGAUGGUUACGACAACUGUGAUGCCGGAUGGCUCUCCGACCACACUGUUAGGUAUCCCAUCACCUUGUCAAGACCUGGAAAAGUGUUUUACGCGACCAGCCCAGGUCGGCUGACCUUUCAAAUGGCCCAGAAGCACUGCCUGAGUCGAGGGGCUCAACUAGCAACCACGGGGCAGUUAUACCUCGCCUGGCAGGAAGGACUGGACCAGUGUGACCCAGGAUGGCUGGCUGACGGAAGUGUGCGCUAUCCAAUCCGAACCCCACGGAAGAAAUGUGGCGGAGACGAACCUGGUGUAAGGACCACCUAUCAAUUCUCAAACCGGACUGGCUUCCCGGAUCCAGCAUCCAAAUUUGAUGCUUACUGCUACAAAGGGCAUCAGUUGGCCAAGAUACCCGACAGAGCACCCUUUGGAGAAGGAAAUGUGCAGCAGCCCAUGGACCAAUAUUCUGAGGGAAGCCACGAAUCAGGAAUUGAGAACAUCUUGGUGGAGCACGAUCCUGAUCUGUCCUUUCUGAGCCAGAAUGAGCUAUUCCCCAGGGAAAAUGAGGAAGCUAUCAUGUCAGCAGACUCCAAAGAAUCAGCCAAGGAUUUUUAUGGCCCCUUACACAAAGCGGCAGUGCCAUUACUGGAAGAAGACGAGCAGCUCCAGAUGGUAACUACUUUCCCAGUUGGAAGAGAAAGCAUGGAAGAGAGGUCCAUGGUACCCAAUAUCUCUUUUCUAAAUGGGGAAGUUAGAGGAGCUUCCACAGAACCCUCCGUAGAUGUUCUUCACGAUGGCAAACUGUUCACUGUAGUUGAUGGUGCUGAUCAGAUGAACGUCACUGAAGAGUCACCGAGCGUGGUUUCAGUGAUGGGCAAGAUGUCUUUGGAAAGGGACCCUGAAGACCACCCCACUGCCACUGGGGCAACACCAUCUUUGGCUGGCAUCCCUGAGAAGAAUGUUUACACUGGACUGAAUGGGCGGUACUUCCAGGAACAGUGGAAAGAAGAGCUGGCUGUUGAUGGGAACCCAGAACGUAGCACCAUGCUACCUACUGCGUUGACUGUCUUGGCCUUAGCAGGGCGUGAAAUGGUAGACAAUGCCAUUGAGGCUUCAGCUGGUGUGGUCCCAAGCUCUGCCUCCACUCUUGAGGGAGGUGUAAGCUACUCGCUGUCCAACGAAGUUGAUGGAAACAGGUUACCCUUACUUGAGAAUCGAGGCCAUAAGGAAAUCACCUUUUCUCCUGCAUCAACACCUCAUUCUUUGGAAGACACAAGUACUGAAAGAACCAACCAAGAAUAUUGGACCGUUUCUGGGCCAAGAAGCCAGGAGAAGGAUGUGCACAAUGAGCACAUUCCCGUAUCAUCGCCGGUCUCAGCUAAUGUUCUACUUGAUCUGCAGAAAGUUGCUGUGACUACAGGAUAUGAUCCUGAAGAUGCUUCCAUGGGGACCAGCAUGCGAGGUGACUAUCUUCAAGGGAUGACCCAAGCUGGAGACCAUGAAGAUGAUUUUUCUGGCUAUGGACAGGUGGUUACCCCAGCAGAAUCCCUUCUAUCCUCUGAGCUCCAGAGGAACAAACCACACAUUGAUGAGGCAAGUGGGGAAUAUGAUUACAGCUCCCGAGAAAGUCACAUCAAGGUAAUGAGCUUUGGUGAAGAGCUUCCGGGACCUGCUUUUGAGGACCACCAAAACUUGCCAGAGAAUGCAGAGGGAGAAACGGAGCCAGAAACUCUACAUUUUGUUAACCAAGAGGAGACAAUGAGCCUCCUCGAUAUCGCAGGAAAGGACACUGUCUUGAAACAGAGCAGCCAACAUUCAGAAGAAGCAUCUGAGCUGAGGGGACAUGAAGCAGUGACACUCUCCCCAAAAGACAUCGUCUCCCCAACACCAGGAAAUGUGUAUUUGGAGGAAGCUCAAUUCCUCCCUGAGAAAACUGAGGCGUGGUUGGUGCCUGACCGCAAACAAGAUAAUAUGGAGACCACCAGAUCAAACAAAGGAAUCCUAGGGCCGCCAGAUGGUUCCACUUUCACUGAAGUCCUGGAUCUUUCUGAGGCACAAGGCAGCUGGGAAGUGGCUACUCAAAGCAUGGAGAACCAUCUUGAAUCCAGCAUGACAGAGCAAAGUCACCAUGAAAGCCCAGAGGAAGACAACGGUGGCUCCCGUUGGCCAGAUGGUGCCACUGCAAGACCUCCCGCUCACAAUCCCACCGUCUUCUUUUCUUCUGCUCAAUCUCUUCUAGAUGAGACCAAGAAAGGAGCAGAGACCACAGCCCUGAGUUUGCCUGAGGCGAGGACUCCAUUCACACUCCACAGCACCUCAGAGCUUAUACACCUUCCACAGCCAUCUGCCUUUGACAACCCGCUUGCCGUUCCAAGCUCACAACCUUCCAUCUAUCCCACCGAAAGAGAGGUGGAAGCCAAGAUGGACCAGGAAGGAUUCAUCCCCUCUGUCCCUGGAGACUUUCUCCCAAUGGAAACCGACAGUGGGAGUGGAGAGGAGAAAGAAGAUGUUCCAGCACUCAAAGGAAUCCCCCGUCUGGUGUGGGCUCAGGAGAUGAAUGACAGCUUGCUUGCCGAAACUGACCCUUGCGAUAACGACCCAUGUUUGCAUGGAGGCACUUGCCAGUCCAGUGGAAACCUUUCCAGCUGCUACUGUCUGCCGGGAUUCACGGGCGAAAACUGUGAAAUAGAUAUUGAUGACUGCUUAUCUAACCCUUGUCAAAAUGGCGGGACCUGCAUUGACGAGAUCAACGCCUUUGUCUGCCUGUGCUUGCCCAGCUACGGAGGGAGCUUAUGCAACCGAGACACAGAAGGCUGCGACCACACGUGGCGUAAGUUCCAGGGUCACUGCUAUUGCUACUUUGCGCAUCGGCGCUCGUGGGAAGAAGCGGAGAGGGACUGCCGACGUCGGUCAGGACAUCUCACCAGCAUUCACUCCUGGGAAGAACAUAAUUUCAUUAGCAGUUUUGGCCACGAGAACACUUGGAUCGGCCUCAACGAUCGCAUCGUGGAACAGGAUUUCCAGUGGACGGACAACACCGGAUUGCAAUACGAGAAUUGGCGUGAAAACCAGCCAGAUAAUUUCUUUGCCGGCGGCGAGGAUUGCGUGGUGUUGGUGUCCCAUGAGACUGGCAAAUGGAACGAUGUCCCAUGCAACUACAAACUCCCGUAUGUCUGCAAAAAAGAUACAGUGCUGUGUGGGCCGCCCCCUCUGGUGGAAAACGCUUCCCCCAUUGGAAAGAAGAAGGAGAAGUACAGCGUGCACUCCACCAUCCGAUACCAGUGCACAGAAGGCUUCCUCCAAAGACAUUUGCCCACCAUCAAAUGUCACGUCAAUGGCCUGUGGGAGAACCCCAAAGUCCUCUGCACAAAACACGGUCCCACAGAACCCGGCGGCACCACCGUCAUCACCGCCGGCAGCAUCACCACCACAAAUCCCGCAAGGAGCGGAGGAAACACCAGAAGCAGCGUCCAAAGCUGGACUGGGCAGAGGAUGGCAGCAACUACUUUUAACCUUUGACCCCAAUGGAAGCACAAGCUUUGA